AUGGCUCGUGGUCAAGGUCCCACUGGACGGAUGGCGAUCGGCUUAGACGGCACGCGAGAGCAGCUUGAGAGUCAUCCGCCAUCAGUCGACAGCUCGGACAGCUGGCGAAUGGAGAGCUCGUGUCAGCUUUUCGAUGCUUUGUCCGACACUGAGCAGGGUCCCAAAACACAGCCAUGCAGAGCACAAGCUGCCAGUGGCCGGCACAUACGAGUAAUAAGAGGCGGAGGAUCUAUCAUGCACCAGGUGCUACAGGCCGUUCCGUACAAGCGGCAUGCUGCAUCACAACAACCCGAGCAAUUGCCGCUGUGGUCCAACGUUCGGUAG